AUGAACUCUCCUCCAAUGAUGAACAACCACAUUAGUUUUUCAACUACUUCUUCAUCCUCUUCCUUUGCUGAUGACAUUGUACCUCAUGGAUCAACUCCUCAUGUUGGAGAUAUUACUGAGCCAAUGAUCCAAGAUGAACUUUCUCCAAAACCAUCUCCUUCUCCCCAAGUUGAUAAUGUUCCUCAAGUUGAGACGGUUCCCCCUACGAAAUACCCAUUACUACUACUGCUUUUCAUUAGGCUGAUCAGGAAGCAUCCAGAUCCAACUUUCAAAAAUGUGGUGCUUUCCCAACUCUCUCUAAUUGUGCAGAUUACUCAGUCAAUAGAUAGAAGGUUAACUAAAGUUGAAAGGGAUAUGGCUACAAUGAAGCGAUGUAUGGUUUUUGGCGAUGAUGAUGAGGAUAUGGUUGUUGAUGACACCCCACCAAGCACUCCAGAUGUUGAUGUUACAACUGAUCAGCGCAUUCCAGACACUAGUGAACACUCAGAAGAUGAUGACUAUGAAGGGUUUCUUAAUCUUGGUUUCAUGCAAAAAGUUGUUGUUCCUGCUGUUCCCUUAAAUUUUGUCUACCAUGGUUCUUAUUUUAAGGGGGAGAUUUCUCUAGAGGUUCCUCAAGGAACUGAUAUUGAUAUUGAGUAUGACAAUGAUCAGCUCAAUCCUCGAAAGACUCUUGUCUCCACUAAUGAGAAUGCAAAUAUUCAAAGUGCUGAUAAUCAGGUCAAGAAAAUCUUCAAUAAUAAUGCGGAGAAACAACACAUUGUUUCAGACCUAAAUGACCAGAUUGAUAGGAAGAAGUUUGGAGAUGUUCUUACUCACGGGUCAAAGCCUAAUCCUAUCAUCAAAGUGAGAUUCACCAAACUAAGGAAUGAGUCACUGAAGCUUCACUUAGUUAGAAAGAAAACAAAAUAUGAAUACACUGAAGUUGUUUAUGCUCGUGAGCUAGUCAAGUUUGGCUACGGCGAGUGGACAAAAAUUCAAGGAAUUAACGACAAACACAAGGGUGUUCAUGCUCAAGAAGUGAAGUUGGUAAUACAGCAGCUACUCAACAAAGUCAAGAAGCUGAAUCUUGUGCCAUCAGUUGGUCCGUCAUCAGCCGGUCAAUCAAUACCAUCCUCCUCAGGCAGAACUCGUGCUCCCAGAAAAUACAAAAAUACCAUGUGUCUUCUUCCUUAUAAAACUCAGUAUAUCAACAAUGAAUUACCAAUGGGUGUUGAACUAGUCCAAUAUACUUUCAGUCCAGAACCAGAGCAUGGGAUAUUUUCUCUUGACAGACUGAAUCAUAUGUGCUAUCGACGCACUGGUGACCUUCCUUCUGCUCCCACUGAACAUUUAUUUCAUCUUCGCUUGCAAGUACUAGGUCACUAUGUACUGGAAAAAGGAUAUUGUAUGCUAAUAUCACUGAAGCUUAGUAAAAGACGGGAUGAAGUUAAGCUUGAUCAAUUCAGAUGGGUCAAGCUUGAAAUCUUAAAAGAAGAUGAAAAGUUCUACAAUGGCUCUUCCGAUGACUCUGAAGAAGAAGUUUAG